AUACUUCUUUUCGCAUUUCUAGGAAUGCGACGAAAAAUUAACUAUUGGUGAUCCAUUACUUGAUACCACUCGAGUCGGAGCAAACAUUAACGAACUACAUUUGAAAAAGAUUCUUGGAUUCAUUGAAAGUGCAAAGCAAGAGGGUGGCAAAGUGUUACGAGGUGGCAAGCGAGUACAUCCCAAAGGCGUUGAGAAUGGUUUCUACUUUGAACCAGCGAUCAUUACUGGAUUAAAGGAUAAUGCGCAUGCUGUGCGUGAAGAGCUAUUCGGUGCUUGUUGUCUGCUUCUGCCGUUUGACACUGAGGAGGAAGUGAUGAAUAGAGCUAAUGAUACCAUGUACGGACUGGCCGCAGGGAUAUUUUCGAGCAACUUAGCACGAUGUCAUCGUCUCGCCACCAGACUGCAAGCUGGUACGGUGUACAUCAAUACAUAUAAUGAUACUGAGGUGAACGUCCCAUUCGGCGGUUACAAAAACUCCGGUCACGGUCGUGAGAACUGCCUUGAUACACUUCGAGCCUUUUCACAGACAAAAGCGAUCUACGUGAAUAUUCAGGACACGACUGAACACUGUUUUUAA